UUAGAUGAUCCUGCUCCUUACCGUAAAACCUCUGUUUCUUUUCACAACGGCUGCUCCUUUCCCAAAACCCGCCAAAAUACCGGUCACCCACCCGCAAAAAACGGCAACAUUCUCUCCCUCACACACUCUCUCCCUCUAAAAACUGUUACAGAUCUCUAUCUACCCAUAUACGCAAACCCUUGUCUUUUCCAAAAUUUCCACGCCCAUCAGUUCCUCAUCUUCUUCUCCGUCCCCCAAUUCGUUCCCUGUUUGGUUGCUUGGAAAAUCAAGGAGAAUAAUAGAAUUCCUGAAGGCAUAGCUUGAUAGAGCAUUGAGAAAUUGUCUAUUGCAUUUUCCGGAACAAUUCGAGAUUAAAUAGGCGGGUAAUCUUUGAAAAUGACAAACCGUAUGAAGGAAGAGGAGAGAAUCGAAAAGAUUAUUCGUGGGCUUUUGAAGCUUCCAGAAAAUCGGAGAUGUAUUAAUUGCAACAGCUUGGGACCGCAGUAUGUUUGCACGACUUUCUGGACAUUUGUUUGCACAAACUGCAGUGGAGCACAUCGGGAAUUUGCGCACCGAGUGAAAUCAGUGUCCAUGGCUAAAUUUAAUGCAGAAGAACUCAGUGCUCUUCAAGCUGGCGGAAAUGAGAAAGCGAGGCAAAUCUAUCUCAAAGUCUGGGAUCCACAGCUUCACUCUUUUCCGGAUGGCAGUAAUCUUCAAAAACUCAGGGAUUUCAUUAAGCAUGUCUAUGUGGGUAGAAAAUUUACUGGUGAGAGGAGUGCUGACAAGCUUCCAACGGUCAAAGUGGGUGCGAAGGAGGACUUCUAUGAAAGAUAUAAUCCCGGUGGACGGAAGGAUGAGAGGAAUUUGAAAAAUUAUAUUGAUGAAAGAAGAAGUCCUCAUUACAAACAAGAAAAUGAUGCGAAGGAGGACUUCCAUGAGCAGCGUUCUAUUGAAAGAUAUAGUCCUGGUAGAUGGAAGGAUGACAGAAAUUUGAAAUGUUAUAACGACGGAAGAAGAAGUCCUCAUUACAAGCAAGAAAAUUGUACCGAGGACUAUUGUGAACGGCGUCCUAUUGAAAGACAUAGUCCUGGUGGCCGGAAGGAAGACAGGAAUUCGAAAUAUUAUUCUGAUGAAAGAAGAAUUCCUCCUUACAAGCAAGAAAAUAUAAGAUCUGGUGGUCGCAGGAGCCGUCCUGUUAACUUUGAGAUAGUAGAUGACAGGGUUCGAGAUGAUAGAAGAAGAUCAGAAAUCCGCAGGAACAGUGCAGAGUCCAAGUCUGGAAGCAGGUCACCAGAUUCUCAAAAAAGCAGGGAAAUGACCGGUCCCCCAGUGGUACGCUCUGUCAAAGAUAUUUUGGGCGAGAACGUUCCACCUCUGCGGGUAGGUGAACAUCCGGAAGUGAAUGAUAAGAGGGAUACUGAUGGUUCUGCUCACGAUGAGAAGUCAGAAUCUUCCAGUACUCCAGCACCUGUUGAUGAGAAACUAGUGGAGCACAAGAGAGUAAACUCGGAAAGCUUGAUUGAUUUCAGCACUGAUCUUGAGCCUUGUGAUACCAUAGCAGCACCACAAACGGAGCAAACAGCUCCCCCGGUUGAUGGUGGCAACUUGGUUCUUGUUCAAUCUUCCCCGAAGGAGAAGUCUUCUGAUGUUCCAAAUUUAAAUUCUGUGGAAUCUUUAUUAUUUGAUUUGUCACCUCCUUCAAUUGAACCUGUCGGUGUCAUCUCUGAUGCACCUGGAAGUGGUGAUGCUCCAUCGGCUACACCUGUCGCAUCAUCCAAUAGUGUCAGUGCUCCUGCAGCUUCACCUGUAGGAAUGGCUGUACCAUGGCCCAGUAGUGGCAGUGAUUCUAUGGUCGAAGUUACUGCUGGACAGCAGUUGCCAACCAUGCAGCAACAUUUACCUUCUUCUACAUCCCCAGUUGGAACUUUGUAUAAUCAGCCGUGGACUGCAUCACAAGCACCAAGUUCUCAGGGACCUUCUAGUGCUACUGCUGAACAAUUAUAUGAAGCUGCCUCUAAAACAGCCCAAGACACCAGUUUUGGAGUUGGGCCACAAGCUGUUCAGAUGUCAGAAGCAAAGUCUACUGGAAGAAAGGAACUUCCGGCGGACCUUUUUUGUGGAAACUAUUCGUCUUACCAUGCACCAGUUUCGAGUUGGCAAACUCAUCCACCUCAUGGAAUGGGAUUUGGCAUGCAGUACCAUCCUACUGCUACGCCUGUGUCAACAUUUCCCAACUCAGCAAAAUCGAAAAACCCAUUUGAUAUCAGUGAUGACACAACCCAAGAUCAAGCUCCAAUGUUUCCUUCCAUGUCACCUUUGCAAGGAGCACUGCCGAUGGCAUCACCUUAUGCGUCCGCAUUACCUCCACAGUCGCCUUCCAAUGGAAUGCCCCCAAUUCCAAAUGCAUUCAUGGGACAACAUUUACCCAAUAAUAUGCCAUCUUUCAGACCACAGGUCAGUGGUAGCUUUGAUGGAAGUCAAGCUGCUUUUGCUUCCUUAAAUCCAAUUCAGCAGCCUGGUGGCGGAUACCCAACACCCACUACUUCUUCUUCAAUGGGUGGAAAUCCAUUUGGAUAGAUUCAAGAAUACGCUUCGUAUUUCAUUUCGAUGACAGAAUCAUCCUGGUUCGGCCCCCUAGCAUUUUUAGGGAGGGCUGGUUGCUUGGAGAUCAACCAUGACAAGCCAUCUGCAUGAAGAGCUUCAUCUGCAACUUCUGUUGACAAUGGUAAAGGAUUGGAAUGUAGCACAUGAAAAGGAGUAUGAGCAAAUAUCUUGGGACCGAUGUAUAUUUCAAGAGCAUUGUAUACUUGGUAGGAUUUCAUCGUUAGAGUAUAAGGUUCUGUAAAGUGCAUUAGGCUACUGUCACUAUUCCUUCCACAACCACAGUUGGGGGCUUACUGUCAAAGUUUUUACAUUUGGAAUAGUAUUAUUUUUUGAUUAAUUAAUAGAGGAAGAUAUGACAGAAUUAAUGAAUUACUAUGCUUCCAUUAAUAUAUGGAAGAGAUGACACAGUUUGGGCUGUGCCCUUUAUUAAUGUUGCUCUUCUUCUA